AACCGGCAUUGAUGAAUUUCAGAGGGAUCUUCGAAAUCUACUAUAAAGAUAAAUCCUCUCCUGCAUAUCCUGUCACGAAGGAUCAGAUACACUCAGCAUCACCAUCAAAAGACGAUCAAGUGAAAGGAACCAACUUCUACGACUGCUCUCUCACCUGGGAUUUCAUGAAACCCAGAAUGGUAAACACUCUGCUAUUCCGCACGAUCGAAGACGGAAACGAUUCCACGGUAGGCGAUUCCGCCGGUGGCAAGACACGUGUAGCAGCAACUGCUGCACCGCCUUCGAUUGCACCAACUGCACCGCCGUCAACUGCCCCAGAACCACCCUCCAUUCCUACAGGCGCUUCGACUGCACCUGAAGCGAAGUCGUCUGUAGAAAGUGGUCGUGAAUCACCCGAGGGUGGUUCUGCUAUGAACGGGUCUAAGGAAACAGAGGGAAUUCAGGGAGAAAACAGUCAAUCGGCGGGAAAGAACAGCCAUGAAAUGCAGAUCCAUGAAGAGCUUAAAAACGCCGGUUCCCAUGCGGAAAUGAAAGCCAGUGGAGAGCAGUAUGAGAAGGGGACCGAUGAGGUUGAAUCGGCAAGGGCCUCCAUGAACACCCAAAGUGGUUCUGCCCCGAAAGUUGAUCAUUCUGGAAAACAAGUAGAGGCUGAGGAAGCGUUUGACAGGUCCGUAGCCGAGAGUGAUGCUGCUGAAGACAGUAACAGUUCGGAAGAUGCUGAUACCACAUCAAAAGGGGAUAACGAUGAGGAAGAGUACGAGUCCGAGAAGGGUGAUUACUCACCAGAAAGGACAGGGAGUGCGGAAGAAGGGGAAAAGGAGGCAGAAGGACAAUCUGAGGAGAGCGAGGAAAACACUCCCGAAGAUAAUCAAGGAAAAGCCU